AUGGCCGAGCUACCAUGUGAGUCCACCCCGCCGUCAAUCGCCCAUGCCCGCAAUGCCAUCAUCAUGGAGCUGACCACGACUCGAUUGACAGAUGCGCUCGACGCAGAGACGCCGCUGAAUGCCUCGGAGCUGAAUGUCCUGCGCUCACAGUAUGAGCGCGAGGGCGACAUGGUUGGCGUCCAAACCAAGUUCAACUACGCUUGGGUAAAUCCACCUCCCUCUCCUAGCCCCAGCUCUCCCACCAACGUCCCCGACGUCAUCGCCUCCAGCAGCUCCAACCGUGGCCUCGUCAAGUCCAACCAACGCCAGGACCAACAACUCGGCGUCCGUCUCCUCUCCGAGAUCUUCCGCCUCUCCCCCGAGCGCCGCCGCGAGUGCUUGUACUACCUCGCCCUCGGGAACUACAAGCUCGGCAACUACGGCGAGGCUCGCCGCUACAACGACCUCCUCCUCGACAAGGAGCCUGCCAACCUCCAGGCCUCGAACUUGCGCCAGCUCAUCGACGACAAGGUCGCCAAGGAGGGUCUCAUGGGUGUCGCCAUUCUUAGUGGUGUCGGCCUCGCCGCUGGUGUGGUAGGAGCUUUCAUCCUGCGGAACUCGAGGAGGAGGUAG